CGUGGAUAGCCGCACGGGAGGGCGACGUGGGCCGCGAAGGUCCCCGCUGCCGGCCAUCGAGGAAGCGCGGCGAGCGACUAGGCGCGGUGUGUGUGCGGCGGCUCCACCAUGUCGAAGGUGUCCUUUAAAAUCACGCUGACGUCGGACCCGCGGCUACCGUACAAAGUUCUCAGUGUUCCAGAAAGUACGCCGUUCACGGCCGUGUUGAAGUUUGCCGCGGAAGAAUUUAAAGUUCCUGCAGCAACAAGUGCAAUUAUUACUAAUGAUGGAAUAGGAAUAAAUCCUGCACAGACUGCUGGAAAUGUUUUUCUGAAACAUGGCUCAGAGCUGCGGAUCAUUCCUAGAGACCGAGUUGGAAGUUGCUGAUGUCCGCUUCUUGGAAUCCACACCUUUCAGAAUAAAUACUGGUGUUUGUUGUUGCUGUGUGGUUAAAAUCAGGCAUUCACAAUACAGUGAAAGCACCAAGAAUCAAUGAAACAAGGAAAGUUGACUCUUGCCCCUUCUUGUUCAUUCUGUUCAUGGGAAGAGAGAAUGCCUUUGAGUGGAGGGUUCCAACCACGGGUCCCACAGUGGGUGACUGCUGCCUCGCCAAAAGAAGAGGGCACUUCUGUGACAGAUGGACUGUGCUUUUCAAAAACUUUCAAAGCCAACAACAACCAGAGGAUGGGUUUGAUUAUUCUUUUCAGGAACAUUUGGAAAAUCAAAAUUCACAGUAUCGAAUGUAUUUCCAAUUUUAAAAUAUAAAGGGUAAUUGACCAUAGAGUCAUUUGGCUCAACAGCAUCUCACCUGCAGGCCCAUAUUUAGAUUUUCAAUCAUAUUGUUUGUGAUUAAGUUAAUAGGUAUUUCCAUGAACAGUUAAAUUUUAUACAAAAGCAAAAUUAAAUUAUGGGAUCUAACAUUUAUGUGUGUAAAGUUGCUAUCUUACAGAGAAUAGCUUCGACAUAGUGAUCUUAUGAAAUCAUUUGUGUCCUGGUGGGAAUUGACAGUACCACAGAAGUAUCCUUAGUGAAAUUAUGCAUUCCUCGAUAAUGUUGUAUACAGUGUCCAGACAGAAGUCCUUAAACCCUUCUUUUUUAGGAUUCUGUUUGAGCAGCAUCCAGAAAAUGUUGCAGAUGCACACUUAGAACAAAGCUUAGAGAAGCAGUACCCUGUGCUGAUGGGGUGUCCCUAAGUGUUGCUGGAGAAAUCAGAAGCUACAGUAGGGUGGGAGAAGCGAGAGAGGGGAGGAGUACUGGGUACAGGACCAGAAGGGGACUGCACACAUUUCAGAGCAGCCCACAGCAGUCUACAGGAAGAGUGCAGGGCAGAGCCCAGCCAAGGUACUCAGUCGGACAAAGCUCUGCUCUGCAAGCCCGACAGUGAGUGAGUUCAAUUCCCAAAACCCACGUGGAAAGAGAACCAAGUCCACAGCUGUCCUCUUCCCUCACACAGACACCCUGAGGUGAGCCAGUCCCUCUCCCAACAGGAAGGCAGUUUUAAAAGCUCUCCUUUGCCUCUCUGGAAGAAACCCAUGUCUUCGCACAUCUUGCAGGAUGAAUUAGGUGCUGCCAAUGACUGAGCUGGGCGGCUCUGCUCCAGCGGUGAGCUCUUUGGGGGUGAGGGGCUGUCUGUCACAUGCUCCCUAGAGCUAGCAAUACGAGUGCUCAAUAAACAUUUACUGAAUUAAUGAGUAAUGUCUCAUUAAUUUUUAUCUCGUGUCUCAUAUAUUCCCCAUUUCAAGGCCUUGGUCCACUGAGGGGAGGUUUGUAAGAAAAUUAAGAGCAUCUGAGGACCUAUGUUAUAGAUGAAGGAAUCAUUGUUCCCAGGUUUACAGAGGACAUGCUGGGGUAUGUGCAGCAAUAUGCAGUUCAUGUCUGCUGGGAUUUUAUUUUUAUAAAAGGCUAGUGCCCAGAGACCCUAUUCCUUAUAAUAUCAAGCUUCUAACCAAAAAUGUUUAAAUACUUUAUUGCCUAAUUUUUUGUUAUUAAAUUUCUUCCGUUCUGCCUUUAGCACAAGAAUCUGCAUGCUAUCUGUAAUGUUUAGACAGUCCUGCAAUAUAAAAUGAUUUACCUAACACAUCUGUUCUUUGAUUUGAAAAUACAAAACCUUUAAAAUAUUUUACUCAAAAACUGGAUGAUUUGAUAUUAAAUUUGGUCUGUUCUAUAUGCAGAACAUUUUGGCAUUGUAUUUAAAUGUCCACAAUUAAUACUUUAGGAAAAUACAUUUUGUUAUGUUGUAAACCAUGACUACCCUUAUUUUAAUAUCAGACUUAAUAGCCAGCAUACCUAUUGAGCCAGUUUAUUAAUACUAUUUUUAAAAAAUGGAAAGAUGAUUGAAAAGUUUUAAGUUAUAAAAAACAAAUGAAUAUUUCUAAAUGUCAAUCUGUCAUAAAGAAGAGGAGAACUUGAGGUUCUGGCUCUGGUAGUAUCCAUAGUGAACUAGGAAAUGACAAGUGCAGAUUCUGGAAG